AUGGUUGAAUGAUCGAAUCAGCGACACGUGACAAAUUCGCUUCAUACAAUCUCCUCCCACUUUUUAGAUGUCACGACGAGGGACAGACUCACUUUGGGGAGAAAAUACAAGAAAAGAAAGACUAUUAUGGGAAAAUGGACGGACUUUUAACGGCAGUCAAGACAGUUAGUCGCGAAUCGCGACCGUCUCUGGAGUCUACAGCAGAUUUCAACCAACAUGGCUUGGAACGCCGCGCAAAUAUAUCAGAGCCAGCAAGAGACCCAACAUCACCAACUUAUAUUCUGAACGUGUUGAAGUCGAGACCUGAUCGUGACCACCUCUCGCAAGUGCUCAGUGUACUAGAUUCAUCCAAUAAAAACAUCACGCCAGACCAAUUCGACAUCAGAAUCCCAAGUCCGAUACCAGCUCAAAUUCUCCAGACCUUAGUCAGCGUCACUAUUCCUGAUGUCUGGGAUUCAUUGAAUGCGAAGUCCAAGGAUGCCAAACCGGCUGGAUCCACACUACGAGGUGCCUUGCUGAGAUGUCUAUGCAGUGUUGCUGGUGUGAGCUCGUUGGUGGCCCAGCUUCGUUCUCUGAUAGCGGCCUUUCGUUCAUCGUCCGCAGAGGCGAAGGGCUCUAGCAGUGACAUUCGUGUUAGAGAUAUCCUUGAAGUACUUUCUUCUCUGUUAGAGCCAAGUGACUUUCUGUUCCGAAUGUAUAGGGAUAUUUCUACUGUCUAUCCUAAUGAGACGCAGAAGCAGGUCAGCUGGCGAGAACUCAUUUCUCUGAUUGCUGCCAGUAGGGUCUUGUCCACUGCAGCGGAAUCACUUCCAUUGGUCAAAGAUCUCUCUAGAUUAAACAAAGUCUCUUGGGUUGGAGAGGGACCUAAGUAUGCGUCCUGGAUAGGCGAUAAUAUCUGUCGGUUCUGUUCAAAAAUAGACUUGAACGACGAGGGUGCUUGGAAAGCAAUUGCGUCUUUUACGGGACGAGCAUUGAGCCUUGGGUAUAUAGGUCAAUUGGUCAGCGGCGUUUACAGCGGUCUUCUCAUUGAUCAGACCUUUCCAAAACAAUUCGGCGCACUUGUCGAUCAUAUACGAAUGACAGAGCAGGUAGCAGUGACAGAAGCUGUCUUCCGUGAUGUUGAGAAAAGAUUCUUCUCGGAAGAUCUCCCCAUUGAAGCGGACGCGAACCAAACGAUCAGUGGCGUGGCAACCUUGUGCUCAAGCGUCAUUUCCAAUCGACCGCGCCUAGAGAGCCAGGUCGUGGACUGGCUCUCGAAAGGGCAGGGUGGUUCUAUACAGACGGUUGGGCUACGCAGAGCACUCGUGACCACGUUUGCAGACAAUACUGAGGCAGACUAUCUGAGGAACCUGUUCAUAAAAAGUCUCGAGCAUUUUGGCGACAAGUUUUACAUUAAACAUGCACCAAGCAGGUGCCAGGAAGCAAAUACACAAGUCGUUCUCCUAGCCGUUGGUCACCUUCAACGAACAGAUCCCAUGACUGUGAAAGAAAUAGGACGCUCUGGUAUCUUUUUAACUGGCGUCUCCAACCGCCUAGCAGCAUCGUCUAUCAGAGCACGCUUCCUGGGUAUGAUCGUCGGUACCGCCAUCUCGCAGCUAAUUGAAGAGCCCGGGAAAGGCAUGAAAUUUGACCUCGAGGAGAUGGAAAGUGAGGAGGCACUGUGGUAUUUGAAUCUCAUUAAUACGAAAGACACCCUUGGAUCUUUGGAAUCGAUCCGCACUCCGGCACCCAAGACGCAGAAACCCGCCAAAAGUUUGUCUUCAGAUUCUACUUCUCAACCACAACCCAAACCACAGUCUUCUAAGAUCGUGGCCAUCGAAGAGAUAGAAUCUGAAAAUGAGGAAGAAGAUGAAGAUGACGACCUAAUCCCCUACGAAAAACCGGACGACGACCUAUCCGACGACGAUGACGACCCAACACUGGUUCAGAGAAACAAACCAACAGUACCAGUGUACAUCCGCGACCUCGUAACAUACCUCCGCGACGCGGACAACAUCGACCGCUACAACCUCGCCAUCUCCAGUGCCCCAUCUCUGAUCCGCCGCAAAACUGGCUUCGGCACCGAACUCACGGAAAACAUCGAAGAACUAGCCCUCACUAUCGUCGGCCUCCAGGAGCAAACCGAUACACCGAAGUUCCACGAACAUAGACUACAAAGCAUGAUCGCGCUCAUCGUUGCCCAACCGCUCAAAAUGGGCCGCUGGUUCUCCGCCAUGUAUUUUGAAGGUGACAUCUCGCAAGUUCAGCGCUCCGCGAUCCUCACAGCUCUUGGCCUGAGUGCUCGCGAACUCGCCGGGAACGGGGAGGAAGAUGCAAAAGUCCUGGGUUUCCCUGCGAUACCCGACGCCUCCUUCCCGUCCAAGCGCCUAUCAGAAAGACUAGAAGCGCUGUACAAGACUGACGAGUCGCCCAUCGCAAGCCUGACCAAACAACUCUCUCAGGCCUCUUUACAGCCCUUAGCUGCAAAUGCCGCCGAUUCAGCCUCCGGUCCCAACGCACUCAAAGUACGAACCUUCUCCUCACGAAUGGAAGUUGAAAAGAAGCGCCAGCAGCGUGAGGCCCAGAAACGCAAGUCAACAGUCAAAGAUCUCCACAAGGUCCUAGCAGAAGGAUUCUUCUACCCAUUAAAGGGCCGAUUCGACAUGAUGAUGAUGCAGUUUUCCUCAUCAACUGCUCCCUCCUACAACCCCUUUGCAACCCCCCACCUCCUUGCCCUCUUCCUCCAAACUCUUUCCCUCACCCUCUCUACAACAGGUCCACACACCCCCCUCCUCCCAACCCUAACCCAAGAAUCCCUCUCCCUCCUCCUCUCCCUCUACACCCGUCCUGUUUCCGACGACCCCACCAUCCAAUCCGCACUUCUAUCCUUCUUCCUCGCGAUUGUCGAUCUGAACAUUUCGUCCGGCGUUACUGGCGAAGAGCGACUGGUGACGGACUUUGCGGCGCAGAUUAUGGAAUUGAGGGAGUGGGCUGGGGAGGUGUUUGAGAGGAUGCCUGCGGGUGUGGCGGCAGGGGGUAUAGUUGGUCCUGGUGGUGAUGAUGUACAGGGGCAGGUGAGGACGUUGGCGGCGGGGGUUAUGGUUAGGUUGGGGGAGGUUAUAGAGAGGUACCAGGGACGGUUGAUGGGAGUUGGGGUUGGGUUUAAGUAUUGAUGCGGCAUUUCGGCAUUGAUGGGUAGAUUAGUGUACAAAUCAUGUGUUGACUAUUGAAGUCAUAAAUGUAUUCACUACUAAGCACUAAACAUAAUUGCCCAUCUUCUUGUCCGAUGGUAUCGGACCCC